ACGUCAUCAGCUAGGUAAUGGCUGGUUGGGUGUCCGUUUCACCCAGCCUUUCUGUUGAUUUGUGCACUGAGCAGAGGGAUGUACAAGUGUAAUCUGGUGAGAGGAUAAAGCUGCUGAAAGAUGUGUCCAGGUGUGAGUGACAGCUCAUCAUGAUGUUAGAUGUCAUGCAUAUACAGUCCUGUGGAAUUACACACAAGUGAUAUAAAAUGUCUAAAACAUUGAAGUGAUCACCAUUUUGUGAUGAAUUAGAAUAAUGGCUGCAGCAAAGCACCAAGGGAUAUUUUUACUGGGUCUCUUAUGGAUAACUCUGACAAACGGUUCCAACAUCUGCACAACUACCCAUUAUUCAGAUCAUUCGGAUGCCAACUGCAGUUCCUUGGCCUAUGAAUACAUACCAUGGGCUUUACAUCAAGACAUCCAGUUACUGGAUAUGAGUCAUAAUAUACUUACAGUACUUGUGGAAAACAGUUUCAUGAAGUAUACACCAUUAAGAAAACUUCUUUUGCGAAACAAUAAAAUCAGUAAAAUUGAAGAAGGUGCAUUUAAUAAAUUAUCCAAUCUUCAGUAUUUGGACCUAUCUGGCAAUUUCUUGAAGUCUGUUCCUACAGAUGCUCUACAGAACAUGCCAAAUCUUAUUCAGCUCUAUCUGAGUGGAAACAGUAUUUCACAUAUUGAAAAUAAUGCAUUUUUAGGAGUACCAUCUCUCAAACUAUUGCACUUGGAGGGGAACUAUCUGCGCUAUAUUCAAAAUAAUGCAUUCAUUGGAUUAAAUAUGCUACAAAACUUACAAUUACAAAACAAUGCCAUACAGUCACUUGAAGAUGGUCUCUUUCAGUAUUUUGAUUAUCAUUUAAUGACAAUAAGUUUAUAUAACAAUCCUUGGUUUUGUGACUGCAGGAUACGAUGGCUCAAAAUAUGGUUAACAAAUAUGACUGAUUUGUAUAAAAUCAGAUGGCAGUUUCCUGGUCUAGAGCCAGAAUGUGAUGGUCCAUCUAUGGUCCAGGACAAAAAGAUUGCAGAUAUUCCUGAGAAUCAUUUUGCUUGCCCAGUUGAAAUGUAUACAAGCGGUUCCCAAAUGACUGUAAAACUAGAGGAAGAUGUGCGUCUGUACUGCAAAUAUUUUUCUGUCACCAAAAGUGAGGCAUCAUGGUAUAAAAACAACAAGAAACUGAACAUCUUUACAAACGAUAAAAAAUACUCAAUUUCUGAAAUCGGCUCAUUCACAAGAGACAGUAUAUUAGAAGUUAAGAAUUUCCAGUAUGAGGACAUUGGUUUUUAUAAAUGUGAGGUGAAAAAUAUUCUUGGGGUCACUUCCAUUUUGUACACUGUGACACUAGUUGGAGUUGAUCCAAAAUCAAUUACCCCAGCAGCAGCACUUGCCAAUGAUGCUACUGAGACCACUGUGGAUGUGAAAAGUAUCAUUAUUGCUGUUUCAGUUAUCGGUGGGUUAUUGCUUAUCAUGUUGAUUGUUGGAGUUAUUGUCUGUGGAACAGGUCGAUGGCGAAGACACCAGCAGCAACAAAAACAACAAAUAGCUCUUCAAGUCAAAGAGCAUUUUAUUACAAAUGGAGAUGUCUCCAUGUCUAAAUCAAUAGAUAACAGUGACAACACAGAUUCUCAUUCUAAUGAUUCUAAUCACAAUAAAGACAAAGUGAGCACACCAGACCCUGAUGAAUCAGGAAUGCUGAAUACUUCUGUUUCAAACAUUUAUCACAAUCCAGCUUCUCCAAAUGGAAAUACAUACAUAUCAUUUGGCAGUGAACUCUCUGAUCCAGAGGACUUGAGUCAGAUGUACUCCACAUUUCGAAGUCAAAAGUUACCAGGAUCACACACAGAAUCUACUACACCUUUACUGGAAAACAACACAUCUUCCUUCUUUGAACCGGGUGACCCUUUCAAUGAUUCUCAAAGGAUGUAUUCUUUAUCACACACACCACAAAGGCCAACAGAAUAUUAUAUAUCAAAUGGACACAUCCCAAGAACACCAGUUAGUGCACAUUCUACACAAAUAUACAGAGACCCAUACAGAGAUUACCAUGAUUACAGCGAUUACGGUGACCCCUAUUACAGAGAUUAUCAAGACUAUCAGGAUUACCAGGACUAUCAGGAUUAUCGAGAUCCAAGGAUGGAACGUUUCAAUAGGGAUUAUCAAGACUGUAGGGAACUACAGUAUCCUAACACAAGGACCAUGCCCAAUUCACGACGAGUGCUAAAUACAAAGAAAAGUGUUUCUGUUGGGAACUUACAGUACAGUUCACCUGGUCCAAGGAAACCACCAAGGGUGUCUAAAUCAAGGGAACAUGUACUGGGUAGUGAGUGUGACACAAGCAGUGAAAUUGAACAGAUGCUACAGAUGUCAGAGAGACCAAGUUAUGUUGUUGACAGACCAGGAUUUCUGAAUAUCACACCAGGAACUCCUGUUUAAAACACUUACACAUUCACUUUUGUUAUUAGACAAAUUGAUACCAAAUGAUUUUAAAAUUAAACUUUCACACUUCUCAAUAAUGUAUUGAAAAUUCAAAAACUGUCAAUAAUAGUGGUUGGUUUGGAGAAAUGUUAUGUUUUUUUAUAAAGUUGGACUUUCUUCUCUAAUGCCAUAUAUGUUGUGGUACCAAUCAGAAUCUGUUAGAAACUAGAGAUUAAAAUUCUAGAUUCUACUAAAUGUUGCUGGUAAACUGCAGAUUCUACGAGAUGAAUUUUGAAAAGAAGUGGUAUAAGAAUUUUUUAAAAUCAUAAAUGCAUGCAAAUACAAUUAUUUAAAUAUAAAAUUAAACACUAAUUACUUAUAUACAAUAUAGUUAAAUAUUAAAUUUAAAGGCACAAUAACUAGUUUCAUUUUCAUUCUGCACAUAAAUCAGAUAAUAAAACUAUUUUAUUACAGUGAAACCUCUCAAAACUGGACCCUCUGUAAACUGGAAUUCCCUCAAAACCAGACAUUUUUCACGGACCCUUUUUAAAAAUCAGUACAGAACUUAACCUCUCUGAACCGGAUACCUCUUAAAACCAGACAUUUCACUUGGUCCUGAGGGUGUCCGUCUUAGAGUAACGAGAUAUAUAUGUAUAUAUCAUAUUAUUACCCCAGUGGUCACUCAUAAAUGGAAAAACAUUUUUCAUAUUUUCUCAGUGAGAAAUAUUCUCCAAUGGUGUAACAUACAAUACUUAUUGGUUGAUUUGAUGCUUACAAACCAAUGACCUUGUUGGUACCAAAUAUAACGUCAUUACAAUUUAGCAAACACACAAAAUGACGUCAUGUAGUUUAAAAAGUUUGCAUUUACAGCUCUCCUUUUACCGUGUUAAAUUUGUAAUACAAUAUUAUUUUAAUGCAAUUCAUUAUAGCUGUUUUAACAGUAUAAAUAGAACUUUGGUUUUUGAAAAUUAUCUGUGAAUGGGAUUAAAAUACAAAGUUACAGCAAUAUUCAGAACAAUGUGUAAAGUGGUUUACAUCAUUUCUAUACAUGUACAUGUAUGUAUAUCGAUAUUAAAG